CCUACUUCAUUCUACGGGUUCUGGGUCUAACCUUUCCAUCUGAACACACCUGCCUGGCGCCGAUUGCUUUCCAAGUCCGCCUGCGCCCUCUUAAAAUCCUUGCGUUACAAGCUAUCUCAUCCUUUCGCCAUAUCUCCAGAGAUGGCUACCGAGUCCAGGUCUCAUAAUGACUACACUGUGGGAUGGAUCUGUGCGCUGCCUAAGGAGUUAAUCGCAGCUGCGGCGAUGCUCGAUGAAACGCAUCAGGAUCUCCCUAGGCAACCCAAUGACCACAAUGCCUAUACACUCGGGCGUGUUGGCGUGCAUAACGUGGUUGUAGCCUGUUUACCGAAAGGCGAGAUCGGUAACAACAAUGCAGCAACGGUCGCGACUCGGAUGACCUCUACUUUCCCAUCGAUCAAAUUUGGCUUAAUGGUCGGUAUCGGUGGGGGUGCUCCCAAGUCUGUCAGGCUUGGUGAUGUUGUUGUCAGCACACCAAUGGAUGGGUUUGGCGGAGUUGUACAGUGGGACUUUGGGAAAAUGCAACAAGGGGGAGCUUUCAAACGAACAGGUGCAUUAAACCGUCCUCCUACUGAGCUGCUAACUGCCUUGACAAAGUUAGAGAAGGAACAUACAAUGAAAGGUUCUAAGGUACCUCAGUAUCUUGAGGAGCUCAAGAAGAACUGGCCUAGGUUGGCACCAAAGUAUACAAAGUCUGCGUCAAUGAAAGAUGUUCUUUUUCGGCCAGAUUGCUAUCAUAUCCAAGAACCUGAUAUUUACGACGUCGGCACUUCCGACAAUGCUGUGGAGGAGGGUGGAGAGGAGGAGGAUGAUGAGAUAUAUCCUUGCAUCAACUGUGAUCAGACAAAAAUCAUCCGCAGAAAGCCGCGGGAUAUGCGUGUGCAUUACGGCCUAAUAGCCUCAGGCAAUCAAGUUGUUAAAGAUGCAGCAUUCCGUGAUGAGAUCAAUGCAAAGUUGGGUGGCAAGGUACUUUGCUUUGAAAUGGAGGCAGCAGGACUGAUGAAUGACUUCCCCUGCAUUGUCAUUCGAGGUAUCUGCGACUACGCGGACUCCCAUAAGAACAAAGAUUGGCAGGAGCAUGCAGCGGCUGUGGCAGCGGCAUUUGCCAAGGAACUCCUCUUACUGGUGCCGGCGCAGGAAGUGGAGCAGAUGCCUACAAUUAAAAAAUUAUUACUGGCAGUAAUUAGCUGACAGGAAUAAUACAAAUAUUAUGUUCAGGGCUGUGCAUUUCUAACAAGUUGUAGUACUGCUAGGAAUUGAGAAUCAACUCAAAGGAGUAUCAAAUACCGUCAAUGAACUUCGUUCCCAUCAACAAGACCAGGAGUAUCAAGCGGUUA